CGCGCACGCACGGACACACACACAUUUAGAGGAAUUAAGUGUAUUUUCAGGGCAGGCGGCACCUAUCAAGAGGAAAAUCGUGUCAGUGAGGGCUGUCUGCGAUACCGAUUGAACAUGUGACUGAAUUAGACGCUCACAUGGCUGCGGCGGCUGCAUGAUCCGCUUUAGUUCUUUAAAGUCCGGUGAUCGGUAACUCAGCUCCCUCGGCAGCGACCAUCCGGAGCAGAGGACCGCUGAAAAACACAGCGCCUACCCGGACAGAUCAUGGCGAACAGCGGGCAGAAAGUUGUGCUGAUCACCGGCUGCUCCUCCGGCAUCGGGUUACGAAUCGCCGUCACGCUGGCCAGAGAUGAAAAGAAGCGUUACCAUGUCAUCGCCACCAUGCGGGAUCUGAAGAAAAAGGACAAGCUCAUAGAGGCCGCAGGGGAUACGUACGGCAAGACCCUGAUGUUGCUCCCGCUAGAUGUGUGCAGUGACGAGUCCAUCAAGCAGUGCAUCAACAAUGUUAAGGACCGCCAUAUUGACAUCCUGAUCAACAACGCCGGCGUGGGCCUGUUGGGACCUGUGGAGAGCAUCAGCAUCGAGGAGAUGAAGAAAGUGUUCGAGACCAACUUCUUCGGUGUCGUUCGCAUGAUCAAAGAAGUGAUGCCGGACAUGAAGAAGAGGCGUUCAGGACACAUCGUGGUCAUGAGCAGUGUCAUGGGUCUUCAGGGAGUGGUGUUCAAUGAUGUUUACACUGCCUCUAAGUUUGCCAUGGAGGGUUUCUGUGAGAGUAUGGCCGUGCAGCUGAUGAAGUUCAAUAUCCGCUUGUCCAUGAUUGAGCCCGGCCCCGUGCACACCGAGUUUGAGACGAAGAUGAUGGAAGAUGUGGCCAAGAUGGAGUAUCCAGGAGUAGAUGCUGACACAGUUCGAUAUUUCAAAGACGUUUACCUGCCAUCGUCCAUAGAUAUAUUCGAUGCCAUGGGCCAGACGCCAGAGGACAUAGCCAAAUGCAUUAAGAAGGUUAUUGAGUCGAGCAGCCCUCGCUUCAGGAAUCUGACCAACAACCUCUACACACCCAUCGUGGCCUUAAAGUACGCAGAUGAGACUGGUGGCCUGUCCGUAAACACUUUCUACAACCUCCUCUUCAAUUUCGGCCCUCUCAUGCACAUCACCAUGAGCAUCCUCAAGUGCCUGACGUGCAGCUGCCUGCGUCGACGCACCAUCUCACCUAACUGAGGAGGGUGUGUGAUCCUGCCCUGUUGACCCCGCCCAUUCCCUACUGCCUUUUCCUGAGGUUUGGGGCAAAGCAGGUAGAGUAGAGCCAGUAACCCUGCGAGGAGAGAGGAGCCGCCUUUUCGUUCAAAGACACUACCAUGAUAAGCUUUGCCAGACAACAUGCACAGUUGCACAGGUUUGUCACAGAGAUGUCUGCAGGAUGACCUCAUGUACUCACACAUACACACAGAGAAAGCGUAGACAGAAAUACAAGCAUCACACACAUUGGAUGGUCCUAUAUACAUCAGGCCACGCCUUGGUCAUUGCUUUAUGGGAGGAACUGAAGUGGUCAGAUGCGUGUAUCAUUUCAAAGAGAAAACACAGACAGGACAUAAGAUACAAACCCCACGGUCAGAUUAAAAAAAAAAAAAAAAAAAGCACAAAAAUGAACUCAAUUACAGAGAAAA